UCUAAAACUAAAGUGCACGGAAAGCCCUCGCUCGUCCGCCAUUGAGCCAUAACCUGUCCUCUCAAUCUCUCUCUCUCACACACAUACACACACGCAUUCUUCUCUGUCUCUGAGCAAAACCCCUAACUAUGCCGAUCCUGGAUUCAGAUAACUCAGACACCUAACAAACUUGAAUUCGCAAUACCCAAUACGCCCAGACACAGCAAUUAAGUGGACAAUGUCUCUGCCUUCUCAACACCUCUUCACAAACUCACCUUCUUUUCGCGUCGUGCUGCACUGUAAAACCCCAAUUACUCUCUUUGCUCCAAUUCUCUCCCGUCAUCUCACUACCACUUCGCAUUUUCAAAAUUUACCCCUGAAGCAACAAAAUUCUUUCACUUACACCCUCGUCUCACUCAAGACCCGCCACUCUCGUCUCCAUGUGCAUGAGUCCGACACCAUCCUGGAACCAAAUCCCAACUCCAGAGAUUUCAAUUUGGAUUCUUUUCUCUCAAUUGCCGAGUUUUUGUGCCUCGCGUCAUCAGUGAUUGUUUCAAUCGGUUUUGCCCUGAAUUGUGCAUUCCAGGGAUCAAAAACGACGUUUCUUGGGGCGAUAGGAAAUGGGGCUUUUGCUUGGGGAGUGGCGGCCUUGGCGGGUGGGGUGGCGAUUGGGGCAUGGAUACGGACGCGGCAAUGGCGGAGGGUUUGCAAGGAGACGGUUAAAGGAAGAGGACCGCAGGUGAAUUUGUUGGAGAGGAUUGAGAAGUUGGAAGAGCACCUGAGGAGCUCUGCAACAAUUAUUCGGGUUUUGUCUAGGCAUCUUGAGAAACUAGGGAUUCGAUUUCGUGUCACUAGGAAGUCUAUAAAGGAGCCGAUAGCUCAGACUGCAGCUUUGGCACAAAAGAACUCAGAGGCUACUCGAACAUUAGCAGCGCAAGAAGACAUACUGGAAAAGGAGCUUGGUGAAAUUCAAAAAGUGUUGCUUGCAAUGCAGGAUCAGCAGCGUAAACAACUUGAAUUGAUUCUUGCAAUUGCAAAGACUAGUAAGCUAUGGGACAAUAGGAAAGAAGCCACUCGGGAGCAGGAUCCGAUUAAGUCGUCUAAAUUGAAGGAGGACGAGAAACAAAUGGGUUUUGACAAUACUCAUGUCUCCGGUGCAAGCAUGGGAGCUGCCAAUGACAGAGCCUAGGGCUUUGCAGCAGCAAUGCCUGAUCGGAGUUUUAUGUCUCAAUAACCACUUAACAUCAGAUUACCUUAUCGUUUUGUCCCCCUAAAGCGGGUCUUUGUCAAGGACAUCUGCAUUUGUGGCCGCCACCAUAACUUUUCCCAUCAGAGAUUGCAGCAAUAAACAGAAAAGUUAUGAAUACGUUUUCAGACUAGUUUUGUCAAUUGUGUGAAAACAUUAUAGAAUUGCUUAUUGGCUGGUGUAGCAUUGCUUUUGUACGAGUCACGAAUGUAUAUCUGUUUGGUUUAUGCCUGUAACUUGUACGGUUUUCCUGGAGCCUAAACAUUUCAUUCUUGGAAUCCCA